AUGCAUCUGGCAACUCUUGUCUGUUUCUGUAUUUCAACUGCCUCCGCAGUGAAGCAUUAUAGCUUGACACCCGCCAUGGACGUGCAGAAUAUGGUCGAAAAUCACGCUUGGGGGUUGUUGGGAAAUGAUAUGAACCUCACCUCCUUGUUCACGACCGACCAUCAUAAUUCCCAUGAUGGAGCCGAUUUUCUAGCAGCGGAGCUGGGUAUCUUCAACAAGACUAUUGCCGAGCUUUUCCCCUCGCCUUCCUUCGACUUUGGAGACGGUCCCUUUCAAGCCAGAAAUCCUAUCAACGAUAAAUGCCAGGGCCAUGGCAACAUUCAAGAUAAUUUGAGCGAGAAUCAGAUUACAGCCGUGUGUGCUACUGUAGCUGCAGGCGCAGCCGGCGGUGUAGGCCAACUUAUUGCUGUCGUUGAUAGCAAGCUUUGCGUUGAGGCUGGUACUGGUCAUCCACUACCCUCAUGCAAGAGUAUUUUUGCGUUCAUCCAGACUUCUGGCACAACAUUUACUGGUGUCACGGUCAAUGCCUAUUGCCCUCAAUUCCUCAGUCUCUUUGUGUCGUGCCAUGACUCUGAUACAAAGGCCACCGCAAGAAGCACAGUGCCUUCGAGAUGA